AUGGUCGCGACUAGAAAAUCGUUUGGCGCCCCUCAAAACCUGCCAAACGAGCCGCGAAAACGGAAAAGUCUCGAAACUCCGUGCGGAUAUCGCAAAAUCUAUCCGGAUUUGACGGCAACGGCCAGUUUCGCGUCGACGACGUUUGAGCAGACUUCUGAAGUGCAAGAGGACGAGGAAGAGUACGAAACGGACCGCGAGGGCUCGUUCGACACGUCGCGCAGCUUCGAAACGCCCGAAUCCGAUGAAAAAAAGGCGGCGUGGAUGUACGGAUUGGCUGCUUUUGCGAUUUUGAUGGCAAUUUUAAUAGGAAUAAUAGGAAAAAACAGCGGAAAGGUAGAAUUUGUCAACAUCCUAUUUAAAAAUUAAUUAGUUUGUCUUCCAGACCGACACCGACUACGAAGCGUACAUAAAAUCGGUUCGCUCAGUGAUUUUCACCCAAUUUCCGGAUGCUUCCGCUGAGAAUCGAGCACUUUUGCGUUUAAUCGGUCAAAAAGUGUUUCUGGAGCCCGACAAUCACGCGCCGCUCGUCAUUUUGGUCGGCGGAAAGCAGGCGAGACAGUUCUCCGAGGCAAUUAGUCAAAUUGUGGCGAGGUGGGACCGAAAAUAGGAAAAAAAAAUGAAAAUCGUGUUUUAGCACUAAUUCCGGUGAGAAAUAUCGAAAAAAUCGGACAAUUCGUGUGGAAGCUGGCACAAAUCGCGCGGAUUUCCAUAAACAAUUAAAAGAAGGUUGGUAGCAAGUUAUUUUACCCUACAAAUUAAAUUUUCAGUCCUCGACGCUUCUCCGACGUCGCAGACCGUUUUUCCGCACACUGCCGUCGUUCUGGACGUGGAUUUGCUGCAAUGGGACGCCGUUCUGGUGCUCCACGCGUUCGCCGACCACGAAAAGUACCCGGUGCCCAAAACUGUGCUCUUUUUGACCGUUUCCGAGCGGGAACCGUCCGACAUUGAGAAUUGUGAUGACAGAAUGGUCGGGUAAGUAGGCAAUGAUUUGUUAGCAUUUUUUGCUCUAUUUUUUUGCAGUUUUCUAACGCGUCAAUGGAUCGAAAACGGCGGCUCUUCGGACAAUAUUCCGCCAAUUAUCGCACGAAUUUCCUAUUUCCUUUGUGUCUAA